AUCUUUAUUUUUCCGAUUAGGUAUUUUUCAUCUGCACCGGCACCUACUGAUCCAGCAAAGUUGCCCAGACCUGCUCCUAAGUCUCGGGCUUCAGAUUUCAAUCCCCAGGAUGGUCCUACUGUGCUUUCACCCCCAAGAAAGUCGAGAAGAGUUAUGCCAGAUCGUGAGGGGUUUGAAGGCAGCACAUACCAUGCAGAUAAGAUUGAUGAUCGAGUUAAUGAUACAAAACAGGCUGUUGGUGGCAUUUCUGGAAGGAGUGAGCAGGUUCCAAUGUCAAUAGAUUUUUCUAUAUUUGCAACAAAACCAAUGAGUAGGCCUACAAUUAACAGGUAAAGCAUAAUUAUUUAAUGAUGUCUUUUAAACCCAUUUAAGUCAACCAUUAAUAAAAAAAAAAGCCUUGUGAAUCCCUAUGCAAAAAAUAAAUAAUAGUUGCCAAAAAAGUUGUUCAACUUGAAAAUCAAUUUUAGACAUUGUAUCAAUUUUAUCUAUGUAUUUGUUUAAGCUAGAUACCAAAGAAUAUGCCAUCCAGUGGAGAAUGUUUAGGAACAUUUGUGCUUGAGUUAAAUUUUGACCCUUUGUUGAAGUGAGAUAAAUCCUCAAAUUUUUUAUGACACAUGCUUUAUCUGUUGGCAGAAAACUUUUUUGCUUGAAUUUAUUCAUGCUUUCUCAUUUAUGCCCUUCAGAACUAUAAAUAUGCAUAUUAGUUUUCGCCCUAAGGGUCUAGAUUAAUUUACUUUUGACUUUUCUUUUCCUACCUCUACUUAUUUGCUUUGCCCCCACAUUUAAGGGAUGUUUGUUUCUGGAAUGGUUUUACCCUGGAAAGUUGUUGGUGAAGCUUUGUUGGAAUACUAAAAUACCCUUAAAUUUGGGAUAGUAAUGGGGGCAAAACUUUUCCCAAACCAUGCAACCUCUUGUUCUAUUCUUUCUCUUUACCUUUCUCACUGUCUCAGCGUGAUUCAUCACAAACAAUAUCCAUUGCAUCUCCCUAUUUACCUUCCCUCUUUUCUUUUUUCAUGUUAAUCUGGGCAUUGGUUUUCCUUUACCCUUCAUUUCUAAGCUUUGCAAUGCUGAAAUUUUAGUUGAUUCUACUCUAUUGUUGGCCAUGAGAAGCCUAGAGCUGUUUUCUUGGAUGACUAUAAGCUUCUUCACCUUCUGUAUGUAGAUAGCUCUUGUUGAUAUUUAUUAUGCUGUUUCUCAUUGAAUGACUGCUCAAAAUCAAGUAGUUUCUUGAUC